UUCAUUUGUCAAACUGUUUUAUUGUUCAAACGUUGUGAUUCAGUGUGUGACUUUUAUGAAUUGAUGCGUUGCAGUGUUUUGGAAUGUUAUGUGUACGAUCAACGUGUUUUAAGUGUGGGCCAUGCAGACCAAAAUGGAUGAAAAUGGUUGAUAAUUUGUAUUCUGGCAGCCUUCAGGAUACUAAUAACCAUAAUAAACUCAUACAUUAUUGCUUACACCAGCCUGAUAAGCUGGACCGAAUUGCCAAGUACUUGCACCUGAGACUCUCACAGGAUCUCAGUAGGCGUUAUGAUCAAAAUAUAUCGAUAUCCGUCAAAGCUAUUGACAAACUAAUCCAAGUUUGUCAUGGUCACAGACUAGUUCUGGCUAUUAGUUUUUUGAAAAUGAUUCAACUACUUCUGGAGACUAAUCGCAUGGACCUACAAAUAAUGGCGUCUAAGUCGUUUGUAGAGUUUUCUAAGAUAGACGAUGAUUCUCCUAACUAUCACAAGGAAUGUAAUGAGAUUCUUGACCAUUUUGCUGCUAUGGCUCACGCAUCUUUUCUCAACCCACAAGAGCGUAAUGCUGUCAGAGUGGCAGGUAUACAAGGAAUCCAAGGUGUUGUUCGUAAAAUGGUCAGUGAUCAACUGAUACUGGAAGUUCACGAGUCGAAUAUGGACAAAAUCGUACUUCCACUCCUAUUCAAUAUGUGUGAUAAGUUUGAACUAGAUUCCAAUUCAAAUGAAUCGCAAUGUGAUCCUUCACAAGAAGCUGUAUAUGUGUUCGAAGAUAUUGUUAGACAAGCUUCUUAUACAAAUAUCAAACCUGUGGUAACAUCUAUUUUAACGCAUUUAGAUAAUCAUAAAUUGUGGGAUCCUUGUGAUUUUCCUUUACUCAUAUUUCAAUAUCUUUUGGAUUCACUCAAGAUGAUUGGAAGCGAUCGGCAUGAAAUCUUGGACCUAAGUUUUAAAAUUUUAUCGACUCUGAUGGUGUUACACAAUGUAAACCACUGUUUAUUCAGUUAUUUUCGUGUCAAUUGAAAUGGAGAUGGUUAAACUUAUAGAUCAAUCAAGAUAUAACAUCAAUUUAUAAAAUCAUUACCUAUUGGUCUUAAUUAUGCAGAAAGCUGUAAGUUCUCGUGGAUUAAUCUGUUCAAACAUCAGAAAUCAAUAUCUGUGAGUGUUUAAAAAUGUUUAAGGCCCUAAGAAUUCAUCUCUUUGACAUGCCUCAAAUUCAUCUGCUUAUUUAGUCUUUCAUCAUUUUAUUUUCCAUGUCUAAACACCUUACAGUGUUAACCUUUAAUGCAC